AGUUCACGCCAAUGAGCAAUAUCGCACCUGUGGUCUUCAUUGGAGCCACCAACAUAUCUGAAUGUUCGACUUCCAGAGCCCAUUGCCAUGCUGACUGAUUUUCAACGACCAAACGUGUUAUCCUUACCCAUGCGACGUCAAAAGACAGCCUCUUUCAGACAUCAUCCGUGACCAACGCUGUCCAUGAACUCGCCCAGUGAUGGAGACCCUCUUCAAUCGCCGGAGAUACCAUCUUCAAUUCCAGUCCUCGAAGUACAGAAGACGAGAUCAAUCACCAGAGACGAAUCACCCGACGCAUCCACUACAAGCCUCCCCAUCCGUACCUCGAGUCCUCCAGCCCUAGGUUCACGAACCAGCACAUUUUCUAGCGUUCUCUCUCGUUCUAGUUCUCCCAAUGGAAGAUUGUCGUUAUCAUUUGCGAAGUUUGGUCGAUCCCAAGUCAACAGUCCGCUAGGAAAUCCAUCGGAGAGUUACGAUGACACAAGAUCUCUGAUUGUCAGGGCGUUCUCGCCCACUGUCGCAAUCUGUGCUGCUCCGGAAGUUGACGAAUUGGCCGCACGAAAGGGAGUGAAGGAUGGUUUCACUGGACUGAUACGCCCGUUUGGAGACAAGAUCAGCGGCAAAGUUGUCGUGAGAGACAGUACGGGAGCCAGCAGAGCAUGGGAGGAUUUUGGCGUCCACUUCGCCAAUCUUGACCAAUUGAUGGAGAAUGGGAGAACUCCUUCAGCGGAAGCCGAACAUCUAGAAAGGGUGGAAGAACUCAUGGAGCAGUUUGUUGGAGAGGGAUUCGAUGAAACAGCAGAUGUACCUGCCAGAGGCGAGGUCUCUCACUUCUAUAAAUUGUUCCUGGCUCGAUUGCUUUGCUCCCACGCAAUGAGCCCACAUGAAUCCUUUCGACAUCCAGUUGGUGCGAUCAUCGCUAUCAGCUCUUCCACAAACCAACCAAUCGAGACAUUACGAAACCUUUACCAGCAGACGUCUCAAGGUUCCAAGGCUUUGCCAGCAUAUGCCAAUCCGGAAUACCUCCGAUACUAUGUCCUCGUCCACGACGAGGAUAAGGAUGAUUUCAGCAAAUCUUCGGCUCUGUUCGAUCAAAUGAAGAGGCAUUUUGGUCUUCACUGCCAUUUGCUCAGAUUGAGGUCGGCCUCAUGCACGCAAUCAGAUGAUGACACCGAAGAACUGCCCGUUUGCGAAUGGCUAUCCCCCUCCGAGCAGCUAUCCAUCUUACAGGAUACAGCCCAUCUCAUUGAACUCAACGCUUCAACUUCGCCUUAUAUUUUUGCCUCCGAUGCCUCAGCACUACGCACGUUUGUGCGUGAGCUCAUUGCACAGUCGAUAGUGUAUCACAUGGAGCAGAGAAUAGCCCUAUGGAAUGAGCAGAUCGCUUCCCGCCGACGUGGGAUCUCUGGCCGGUUUAUGUCUCUUUCAAAAAGGUGGACUGGCAUUGGAAGCUCUCGAAAUGCGUCAGCCACGAGCCUAGGAACCCCUGGAGCUAGCGGCAAUUACGACAGUUUGCAAGGCACCUAUCGGUAUGACGCGCCUGAAAGUCUCUUGCGCAAGUUAGCAGACUAUGCAUUCAUGCUAAGAGACUAUAAGCUGGCAGCUUCGACCUAUGAGCUCCUGCGGUCGGACUAUUCGAAUGACAAAGCAUGGAAACAUCUGGCUGGGGCUAACGAAAUGUGCUGUGUUGCCACAUUACUAAACCCGCUGACCAGCAGCGGAAGCUCCAAGUUCAAGAUCGAAAACUUCGACCUCAUGCUCGAAACCGCGAGUUAUUCAUACUUGAGUCGUUGCUCGGAUCCUGCUUUAGCGCUACGCUCGGUCCUUCUGGGCGUAGAGCUGCUCAAGGUUCGAGGCCGAGUCGCAAGCGAGCUUGCCGGCAAAUGGGCUAUUCGUGGCCUCGAACUCGACCUGGUCGGAAGUAUAGGUCACGUCCUUAUCAGUGAGCGUGUAGCCUCCUGCUUUGCCGACCGGAUCGGCAUUGGUAACACCAGUUGGGGGAUGCGUAAGCGGAAAGCUGCGUUCUGGAACAUCAUGGCUGCCGAUGAGUGGAUGAAGCUGGGAAGAGCGGAAGUUGCUGCUGAAAAGCUGGACGAAGCGCAGGAGCUGUAUAACGAAUCGAAGAACAGCCAAUCCAUCAAGCAGUAUCACGAACUGGCCGAGUAUUUGGAGCAGUUACGCCUAGCGGUCAGGAUGAAGCUCGGAGAAGCCAGAAGGAGAGGAUUCAGCGGCGCCACACGCCAACUUGAGCUGGAUGUUGAGGGUCAAGAGCAAGGAGAAGUCGAAGACGAAACUCUAGAAGAUAUGAACCCUCUAGAGAGACUCGACAGCGCGGUAAACCGGAGGAGUUUAAUGGUGGGCGUUGGGGGAAUAAACACUCUCGAGCCGAUGCCAUUGAGUCCGGUUCGUCUGAAUAGACCGGAUCCUCUCUCAACAGGAGACGAUGAUUUUGAAUGAAUGCAUUGAACUUCUUGUUGGGCAUAUUAACCGCCGUCGGUGUACGUAGUACGGAGUAAUC